AUGGCGACUAAUGAAAGAGCUCCCAAGAGAACAAAGGUUGUGACCGACAAUAUAGAGCUAGAACAACCGGAAAUUGGAGAUCGAGUAUAUGCCCGCUACAGUGGCAACGGAGAGUGGUAUUGGGGAGUGGCCACCAACAAAUUCUACCAACACAACGAUCUUUACUAUUCGAUCCAAUACGAUGACGGAGACUUUGAUCCAGAACACAAGGCCGCAAACGGCAUUGCCACUGAGAAUCAAGCCCAACUGAACAAUAACAACAACAACAAGAGGACAAACGCCAACAUAGAACAAUUGCAACCGGAAAUUGGAGAUCGAGUGUAUGCCCGCUUCAGAAAUGAAGAGUGGUAUUGGGGGGAGGUCAUGGACAAGUUCCACAAGAACGAUGAUCAUCUCUAUUAUUCGAUAUUAUAUGAUGACGGAGACUAUGUGGAAGAGCACAAUGCCGAGGAUGGUAUUGCUACAGAGGAACAGUAUCACUGGCAAGAGGGCGAGCGAGAUCGUCGACAACAAGUUGAGAAUACAACAACGACUACUGCCUCGUCGCCAACGACAUCGAGAACAACAAGUAGUCGCAACCGAGUAAUAGCAGUCACUCCAGAAACAGCACAGAGCGACACCCCUACUCCGGAUCAACCUCCUUCCAGCAGUGCAACAACAGCAGCUAGAAUCCAAGCAAGACGACGACGACGGCAACGACGUGUGGUGACUCCCGAGAACGCUCCCAGUAGUAGCAGUGAUAUCAGUGGUGAGGCAUCCAAUAGCAACACUGGCAACAGUGAACGACCCACACCCGAUCCAGCACCCAGCAGUAGUAGCCGAGUCGCCGAGGUCCGCCGGGAAGUAUUGACCACCAUGGGCAAUGAUUCUCGGAUCAAAGCCGAAGGUGGCGCUACCACUUUGUCGCCGGAAGAACGGGACAAGCGCAAGAAAUGCAUGGAUCAAUGGAUUCAGGCCAAUACCGAUCCACGCACUGGCAAGGGUCGGUAUGUCUUUCGACGUGGUUGUGACAAGGGAUGUUUGACCAAGAUAUUGGGAGGAACAGGAACAGAACCAUGGCCAAUUUCGGUCAAUCCACCUGAUUAUCACGGAGCACCAAACCCGUUCAUUGCCAAACAGGAAUUUUACGUGGCCGGCAACGAAACGUGGAAUUUCUUUUCGCCACGAUUUCCAGGGGACACGGGUCUCGUGAAUACCUUGGCCUUUUCCAAGAGAGAUCGAAAGCAUUCCACCCAAAAAGAAUUCCACAUGUUCGUCCAGUGUGCCACGACACCACACAAACGCCAUUGGCAUGGCAAAGACGCCAAAACUGGCCGAUUGUACAUUGGAGUCUAUCGCAAAGUGGUAGACGAAGACGGUGACGACGAUGUGGAAACCAUUGUUCAUAUGGACGACCCUGAUCUUGACGUGACCUGCCGACUUGCCAUUGCCAGGGAUAAUUUGCGUUAUUACAGAAAAGAUUAUGGAGCGGACUAUACCACAACCAACCAAUCUUUCCGGUUGGCAAAGGAACGCGCAAAACAAGAGGCUGGGGAGGACGACUGGAUGAAGUAUUCCAAGUCCAAACAAGACGUCCUGGCCAUGUAUCAGGUGUUGUUACUUGAAGGUUUCACCAUGACAACUGUGCCAAUCGAGUUUGUUCGAUACGAUGAAAAGCUGUACCAGGCACUUGUGGAUGUGGGAGCAGUAAUCGAUCGAAAAGGGCAGACAGGUCAAGUUGCGUUGACGCCGGAAGGGCUACAUCAUUGGUAUUGA